AAUUCACUGGCGCGACAAGGGUCAGUGGAUUAAGAACAAUUGAAUUUAAAAAUAAUUUUUAAACUAGAAAAAUGAAAUUUUUAUUUUUUCUAUCAAUUAUUACCACAAUAUUUACCUUAGGAAAAACAAUAAAUUGUUACAAUUGUAUUGUCGAUUCACCAGAAAAUAAUCGAACAUCAUUCAGCAAUUCAAUAACAUUAUUUGUUGGUGUAACAAUACCUGAUGAAUAUUGUAACACUUCGAUGGAAUUAAGUGAAUAUCCCACUUGUUCAACUCAUCGUUACUGUAUUAAGAGUGUCGUUGAGGUAACACAUGGAGAAAUCGUUAUACAUUUAUGUCAAGAAAAUUCUGAAUUACCCCAUUUAACGCCCAAUGAACCAAAGAUUUUUAAACACAGCCAGUUUAAAUACACAAUUUAUCCAUGUGACACUAAUUUAUGCAAUACCGCUACCGAAAUUAUCACAAAUACGUCCAUUAAUAUGCGAUAUUUAUUACUCAUGCUACUAUUUUAUAUAUAAAAAAAAAUAUUUAGAUUUUGAAUAAUUAUAAUUUUUCAUUAAAUUUAAUAAUAGGAUAAAUAUUCAU